CUCCCCACUCUCGCGCGCGCCAGCCAUUAUAGCACGGCGCGCGCCUUCGACCUGAUCCCAACUGCCCAAAGACAAAGAGCAAAGCCUAGCGAGUAGCGACGCGACAGCGAGGAGGAAGGAAGGAUGUCGAGGCCGAACCGGAGCGACGCGCACCUGUCGCCGGAGGACGAGGCGGCGCGGGAGGCCGAGGUGCGGGGGUACUUCGACGACGCGGCGCCCAAGCGCCACACCAAGCCCUCCCGCAGCGAGCACUCCCCGGUGUACGCCGACGCGAUCGUCCCGGACAGCUCCCACCCGGAGCUCGACAAGUUCCAAGACCUCGAAGCCCACACCGAGAGGUUGGUGUACGAGGGCGGCAAGGUCGGGGAGGAGUUCGUGGAGACGGAGUACUACAAGGAUCUCGGCGGCGUCGGCAAGCAGCACCACACGACCGGAACAGGCUUCAUCGGGAUGGACAGAGACAAGGGCGCCUCUUUCAAACUGUCCGAAGACCCCGAUGCAGCGGAGCGCCAUGCUUCUUGCAAGGGGAACCCUGCCACCAACGAAUGGAUCCCGUCGGCUGACACGGUGUAUCCGGCGUCAGACAAGCCGAGCAGAAGCGACAGCUGAGCAAUGCAAUAUCCUCGGCCCGCGGAGAAUUCAGACAAGUGAUGCCACCAGGAAAAUAAGAAGCCACACUGUGUUAUUACAGGAUUAGUGAUGUCUGUAUCUUUGCUAUUCUGCAUCAAAAUGCCUGUAAUCUUGAAUUUCAAAUAAGCUCGCGAUUCGCAUUGGAUUUCUGUGUUCCGCCUCUGAUUGGCAGGAAAUAAAGUUUUAAUCAUGGUUCAGUAGUCAA